CCAAAGAAUACCAUACCGUGGCCUUUCCAACUUAGCUUCAAGCAACAAUCCAAAACCCCCGAGGCUUUCUCACCCUAAACGACGCCUCGCCCACCUUGAACCUUACCUUUCCAUACCUUGGACCUACUACUACCACCACUACUACCACUACUACCCGACUACCCUCCUGUUAUUCAUCCUUCUCCUCCUGUUCUAUUCUCCCGUUCGCCGCAGCUCCUUCCUUCCUUCCUUCCUUCCCUCAUUUCCUUUUUCUUUUUUUUAUAUUCACACACCCACCCCUCCUCCAGAAAAACCAUGGCUCAAAUACGCGGUACCGCAGGCUAUCACUUGGGUAAUCAGAGCCCCUUCGGCAACGCUGGACGCAAUGAUGGGAGCACAAACGACCCAAGCCCGCUCGACGCACUAAGGGCACAAACAAGCAAAGUUGAGGACUUUCUGGACACUCUCUCCGACCCUAUCAAGCCAUACUUGCCUGCGAUCGGACGAUUCUUAAUCGUCGUAACCUUCCUCGAAGAUGCGCUCCGAAUCAUGACCCAAUGGAACGACCAGCUCACCUAUCUCCACGAUUACCGACACAUUUGGAACGGCGUUACACACCUCUUCCUCAUCGUAAACGUGAUCGCUAUGACCGUCUGCUCCAUCAUGAUCAUUGCCCGCAAGCACUCCGACUUUGGUGUUUUUGGUCUCAUCGGUGUUGUGGUUCUCCAGGGUGUCGGAUAUGGAUUGGUGUUUGACCUGAACUUCUUCUUGCGCAACUUGUCCGUCAUGGGUGGACUUCUCAUGGUCCUUUCCGACUCAUGGGUGCGCAAGAGGUUUGCUCCCGCCGGUCUCCCUCAAUUGGACGAGAAGGACAGGAAGAUGUACUUCCAGCUCGCUGGACGUGUCCUCUUGAUCUUCCUCUUUGUCGGCUUUGUUUUCCGUGGCGACUGGAACGUCUGGAGGAUCAGCGUCAGCUUGCUCGGCUUCGUCGCCUGCGUCAUGGUCAUUGUUGGAUUCAAGGCCAAGUGGAGUGCCACCAUGCUCGUCGUCAUCCUCAGCGUCUUCAACCUCAUCGUUAACAACUUCUGGACCCUCCACCCCCACCACCCCCACAAGGAUUUCGCCAAGUACGAUUUCUUCCAGAUCCUCUCCAUUGUUGGUGGUCUCCUCUUGCUGGUCAACAUGGGUCCCGGACAGUUCUCCGUCGACGAGAAGAAGAAGGUUUACUAAACGACAAAAUCUAUUGAUCCCUUUCACGAAUUUUGAGUCUACAUCCCAGCAUUUACGCGCAGAAUUCACGACAGAGAUGAAUCCAUCUUAUUCCUUUUCUCAGAUCACUCGUCAUAUCGCAAUUGUACAACCCUAGCUCUACGGCCGACGCACCAACAGCAAGAGGAACAAGACGGAAAGAAACCCACCGC